AUGAUUAGCAAAAUCAUCGCUUUCGGAGCUUUCUUAGCCGCGGCAAAGGCAGGACUUCACGGUCAUGCUGUGUCGUCUCAAAGCAUUGUGCGUCAUGACACCGGAUACGCUGGCGCCGGUUAUGCUCCGUUAGCCUACGGAGGACACUAUGGUGCAGCUUCUUACAAUUAUGACGGACACGACACCUAUAUUCAACGCAGUAGUACAGAACUCCGCACCAUCUGCCCACCCCCAAGUCGGCUACCACCACUACUGAACAAUGAACUCCUAGAAAAUAAACACCAUUCUGUAUAUAGUACGAAUAACUUAAUAAAUUUGUAA